AACAUGAAUAUUCUAUAAUGAAUUCAUGUCAACUGUGUGAUAUACAUCAACCGUGCGUUCAAGAUAACCUAUCAAUAUAAUACUUCACCUGAUGCUCAGGCAUACAGUGGACAACUUAGGUGAAAAGGGCAAAAAUAACAUCACAUUAUGAAAUAUUAGAUUUUCAUCUACGUAGCAGAAGUUACAACUAUGGAUGUUGUAUGUGUCGGAAAGCCUCUUAUCUGCAGCAAUCCACACAAGCUGUACCAGCCAUGCAAGUUGUGGAUUCAGAACCAGUGUCCCAAGCUCCCAGCGUCAUGUGUUUAUAUUCACAGUUACUUUUGCCCGGACAAAGAUUCCUGUAAGAGAGAAUUUUGCACACUUUUGCACCAUGACUUGGAAAACGCGCUGCCAGAUUGCAAUAAAAAGAAUGAUGGUCAUGAAGCAUCACCACAGAGCUGUAGUCCUAAAGAAGCUAAGAAAAAGGGUUCAACUAAGUCCAGGUCUCCUGAAUUGAUUACUAUUGAGGAUGAUGAUGAAAUACGAAUGAGCAGUCCUUCACCUACAUUUGAUGAUGAAUUAUGUCAAGAACUUGAAGAAAUAGGAGAGGAACUAGACAGAUUCACAGAAGAAACUAUUGGCAAUUCAGAUAUCACCAGGAACAAGGAAUUUGAAUUUUUAUAUAGCAGAGACGACAUGGAAUCCAAUGGGAAUGCAAUUCUCAAAAGAAAACCAGCUGAAAGUAGAAAUGCACCUUCAUUCAAGUUUUUCAGUUGUCUGGCCAGUAAAGAAGAAAAUGCUUUUAAUCCUCGAAAGUGGUUGGAUGAAUUCUGUUUUAAGUCUUCUGAGAAACAAGUAGAUAGAGAAGGUCAUGGCAUAGAGACCAUAAGCAAAAUUACAACUGAUGUUGGACAGCAUGAAAAACAAUUUGAAGAUGAUUCUGCAAAGGCCAAAUUGUUGCUUAAGCAGAAGACACAGUUAAUGAAAAAUGCCAAAUUUUUGAUUGAUCAAAAAAAGCUAUUAACCACUGAAAGAGAUAAUGUUAUAAAAAGGGUCAAGGGAGGUUCAGUAAAUCAGUCAAAAAUCUCAAGAGUCUUGGAUGAAAAUGCUCGUCUGACAAAGGAGUUAUCUGCUCAUUUGCAAAGUAUCACCACAAAUAUUCAGCAAAUAAAUGAAAAAAUGGGCCAUUUGGCAAAAACAUCUGUUGGAAAAGUAGACUCUGCUUCAGUAAAUUUAUCAAAGGAAAAGGUAGUACCAUUAUCUAGUCAUGGGUCAGAAGCUAAACAGAACAUAAACACCAAGGAGAUAUUUGACAAGAUAACAAAUGAUUUAAAAGGCCAAAAAUUUUGCUCAAAUAGAACACAAGUUUUGAGCAAAACAGAAGAAUACCCUCAACUUGAAGCAAAUGUUAAAUCAUCAUAUUCAGAACAUAAGAUCUUGGGACAUACAUCCCAACACACUGACCAGAAUCAUGAUGUAUCUCCACAAGGAACGUUCGGCAAUAACGGAAAUCAGUUAAAAGGAGAAACAGGCAAAGAAAAACAGGAUGUGAUUAAUGAAGAAACAACCAGUACCAGUCAAAGUUAUGGAUCAGAAGGAAAAAAGAAUGAAGAAAACACUACAAGCAGUAACAAGUUCUCCAUUGAUGAGAAAAUUGCGUUGUGUGUAUUAGAUAAAGACAAAAUAGCCCCCAAUGUAAAGGGAACUGAAAUAAAGGAGUCAAAAGGAGUUUUAGAAUCUGUUAAAGAUAGCAUUUCUGAGAAAAGGAAAAGAUAUGAGCUGGACGAGACACACAAUAACAAUAAAAAGACAAAUAGAACUUUAAGGGAUAAAAAUACAUACUGGUGCAAAAAGUGCAAUGCAUUCUAUACUUCAGUCUAUGGUUAUGUAGAACAUUUGGAAUCAACAUCACACUUUGAAAAUGUAAAGAAUGACAGUCAAACUCAAGGCAGAGUUACUGGGAGUAGAUGUAAAGGAAAUGACGAAAAAGUUGAUGAUACACCACCACAAGGAGUGGAAUUUCUUCAUUCAACAACAGUCUUCUUUUGUGAACUCUGCAGUCAGGUUAUGUAUGACAAAGAUGAAGUUAUCCUCCAUCCACAGAAGUCACAACACCUGAAGAAAUACAAAGAGUACAUUCAGGGAAAUGUCACACAGGAAAUCCAGUUCAUGAAAGAAAAGAUGUCAGCACUUACGGAAUACUGCAAAAAGAGGCAAGUUAAGUUAGUCAAAAAUGCAUCUGGUGUCAUCACAGACUGCCUUACAGAGCCUUCUAAUCCCUGUACAGGCCCCCCUGAUAAGGAGAAGACAAGUAAUUCAGACAGCAGUAGUAGCACCAAACGCAAGCUCAUGAAUGAACAGUGUGAACAUAAUAAAAAGAAUCGAGUAGAGAGAUAGUCUAGUCUUAUGAAAGGGAUCUGAUUGAAGGCUCUUUUUUUUAGUGUGAUAUAUGAGCUUUACAGCAUAAUAUCUCACAUUAUUUUAUCUAAUUCAGUGAGAAGAUACGUUCUGUUAAUUCCUUUGUAUAUAUCUUAGGUAAAAUAUCUUUUGUGUCCAAUAUUUUUAUAUACAGAAAGAAUAAGUAUUUAUAUUGUUUAGUUGUUGUUUUUACUAUGUACAGGUAUAUGAAGUCUGUGAUAAAUUCAUCUUUAGCUAGAAUCUCAAGCAUAAAUAAUCAAAGAAAUGUCCUCCAUGUGAAACUUGUAUAUAAAAGAUUACUUGAAGCUAGACUAAAGUAAAUACUCUGUCCAUAGUUGAAAAAUACUUGUCCUGGACUUUUUAACAUUCAGAUUUUUACACCUUAGCAUGUAACCAGAAAUAACUCCUAAAUAUGUGUUUAAUUUAACAUUUAGAUUGGCAACAAAACCAAUGUUUAGCAUUGUUUUACAGUGAUAUUUGAGUGUCAUGAAAGUUGUGUUAAACAUGAUACAACUUAGCAUUUAUAACGGACUGAUUAUUGAAUAUAAGAGCCUUUACCGUGAAUUAUUUGAAAUAAUUUCUGGUAUUUUUAUACAUUUUUAUUCUUUUACAUACCUAUAUUUUUCACAUUUGGUAAUAAAAUAUUUGAGGAAGUACUUAAUACUUAGUAAAAUGAAAAACCCUUGUUUGACUUCCCUCCCAAUACCUUGGUCAUUGUUGUCAUGGGAGGGUUUAGGAGAUGAGGACUUUUACAUACCUACAUUUUUCACAUUUGGUAAUAAAAUAUUUGAGGAAGUACUUAAUACUUAAUAUAAUGAGAAACCUUGUUUGACUUCCCUCCCAAUACCUUGGUCAUUGUUGUCAUGGGAGGGUUUAGGAGAUGAGGACUGAGGCCCAAUGUAGGGGAUCACCUCUGACUUAGGCCUCAGCCCUCACCUCAACUAAUAAUGUUUGGUCUUUUCUUCUCUCCUGUCUUCUUCUGUAUCUUCUUCAUCCCCUUCUUCUAUCCCAUUCCUAAGGUGUGAGAGCCAUGCUGAAAGGAUGAAAGGCUGGCUUUGUGUCAGUCACAAAUGGCCUCCAGGAGCCAUAGGCAGGGUAUUCCUUUGGUUAAUUGCCUAGCCCUUACCCCUUAUGUGGACCCUGAGGGGUAGACCAUUUUUUUUUUCCACACUUUAUUCAGGCUCACCACAGCCAAAUAAUGAAUAUUCUUUACCCUUAAUACCCUCCCAAUACCUUGGUCGUUGUCGUCAUGGGAGAUUUACGAGAUGAGGACUGAGACCCAACAUAGGGGAUCGCCCCUACCUUGGGCCUCAGCCCACACCUCAACUAAUUUUACGUGGUCCUUUCUUCUCUUCUUUCCUCUUCCGUAUCUUUUUUGUUCCCCUUUUCUAUUCCAUUCCUAAGGUGUGAGAGCCAUGCUGAAAGGAUGAAAGGCUGGCUUUGUGUCAGUCACAAUGGCCUCCAGGUGCCAUGGGCACAUUAUUCCCUUGGUUG